CAAGCAUAUCAUAUUCGGUUCAACCACACCAACCAAUUUCCUGAACACCUUCAUUCGGUCACACGUAUCCUUGAGGACACGCGAUAACCAUUUCCCAAAUCCCCCAGAGCUCGUGCCGACCAAUGUUUAACAUGCGUCCUCCAAGGCCAGCUGCCCGUUGACUUCCACCGAACGAGAGGCAUACAUACAUGCAUUGCAUCGGUCGGUCUCUCAUGCCCGACUCCCAACUAAUUGAGAUGUUUCAUCCUAUAAUAGCCAUCAAGGCAAGUUAUUAACACUCCAGCCGAACCAUCGCCGGUUGCUACUACCUACCUCAUCCCUCAAGGCCAUCACCACCGACCGGCCGCACAGAUUGCAUUUGGGCUCGUCCUUAACCGAAGAUCCUUCUUGUGUUUGUUUUUCUUUCACACGCUUCGUCCGUCCCAUGCCUAUACGGUACGGUGGAGAGGCAAAAAAAAUCAACAAAUAUAACAAGAUCAAAGAAUGCUUUCCAAAGCUUCCGUGUUGUGUAUCACCCCUCCGUCCGACGUCGCACCAUCGUCGUCCUGGCAGCUCCUCUCUUUCACUCCUUGCUGGCGCAGCUAGCAAGAGCGCGCGUGAAGUCGAUCCUUCUGGUUGGGAUCCUUGAGUCCACCGCACACACAGUGACAACUGCGGUCGGUCCUUACCGACGCGACGACGGUCUGUGAAGAGUGUAGGAAACGGACAAGGCGAUUCCCUCUGAACUCUGAAACCGAGUGGUGGGGGUGAAACAGCGAGAGAGAAAUUAUUAUUAGCACAGGAAAAAAUGCGAGAGAGAAGGGAGAAAAAAAUGCCUGCCAGUGUGGUGGUGCCGAAAUAAAAAUGCGAUUCCCCCUUCGAAAAGCACAGCUUGGUUUUUUUUUGUUGAAUGAAUGAUGGACGGAUGGAUGUUGUUGGAGAAUGAAAAGGGAGCGAGCGUGAGCGAAGGAGAACUCGCGCGGUUUUUGUGCCGGUUUCGGCGAGGAGGUAAGCGUAUGAGAGAGCGAGUGAGGACCAGGGAGGGGUGGAAAAAAUGUGCAUGUGGAAAACUAAACAGAAAAAGUGUACGGUACACAGCGACAGGGUACAAACACACACCCGUGUGAGGCCAUCAGGAGGGGUACAACACGCACAGAGCGGUUAGUGGUGUGCUGUGUUCGCGCGCGCCGUCUGAUGCCGCACGGAGUCAGGGAGGAAUCGGUGAGCGAUUUUUAAAAACAGUUCCAUCUGAGACAUUGUGUGAAUUACAUGUGUCCUGGGAAGCGUGUUCCGCGAAGAAGUUGUGGGGAUUUGUGUUUUUCUGAAAGCUCGGGACGUGAUUCGCGCAGAUCUUUUGGGAUCUUGGAAGUCGAUCGAAGUGAAGUUUCGGAGAUAUCCGCAUUCGGGAUCUUAAGAAAGGAUAGAAAGGAUUUUAUCGAUAAGAAAGGAUUUUAUCAGUGAUUCGGUGGGAUUCGUAACGGAAAGACACGCGCUGUUUUAAGAUCGUAGCUGCACGUGUACGCAUGCUUGGAAGACGCUACCGAGUUGUACGAUAGUGGAGUGAGAAGUGUUGCAACUGUUGCCAUUUGAUGGAUUAGACUGUUCUGGGAAAGGAUAUCCGAGUGCGGGAAGCAAGUGAACUCAGUGAAAGGAGUUAAUAGAUCGCGGUCCAAGUUGGAAUCAUUAAGUGAAACGCAGAUGCAUCUUCCGGCUAGUAGCGAGUGCCAAACUCCUCCAGAAGCAGCAAAAAGUAUGACUGACAUGUUCUCGAAUCUUCACGACAUGCUGCAGGAGUACCAUGGAGAGCUGGUGCAAACGGGCUCGCCGGCGGUUCUCUGUUCAGCCCUGCCGACGCACUGGCGCUCCAACAAGAGUUUGCCGUGUGCCUUCAAGGUUAUCGCCCUGGACGACAUCCAGGACGGAACCGUAGUUACAAUCAAAGCCGGCAACGAUGAAAACUAUCACGCCGAGCUGCGGAAUUGUACGGCGAUCAUGAAGAACCAAGUCGCGAAAUUCAACGAUCUUCGAUUCGUUGGAAGAUCUGGCCGAGGGAAAUCUUUCUCGAUAACGAUAACAAUCAGCACGUAUCCCUGCCAGAUCGCCACCUACACCAAAGCAAUCAAAGUUACCGUUGACGGCCCGCGGGAACCUCGAUCCAAACAAAAUUUCGCCUACGGUCAUCCGGGUGCAUUCAAUCCGUUUAUGCUCAAUCCGGGAUGGAUCGAUGCGGCCUACAUGAACUACGCCUGGUCCGACUACUUCCGGCAGCACCAGCAACUGCAGGCUCAACAGCAACAAGCGGGUCAACCGAAUCCGGUUACCGGCGUAGGAAAAGGUUCACCAACGUUACCAACUGCAAACGGAACGACUGGACCUCUACUGCCGACUCCACCAGCUGAUUUCAUGUCGCUAUCGGGAGCCCCGGGAACUCCAAACGGUCUUCCUACCCCAACCGGGCCGGUGUUGCCCAACGGAGCGACCUACCUUCCACAGUUUCCAUUUGGGCCACAUACCGAUCUGCAUCUGAAAUCUCCAUUCCUGCCUUACGACAUCUCACCACUUCGUGCCAACGGACUUCGAGGACCCCACCAACUGUCCGCAACGAUAACACUUUCCUCAAGUGACUUCAUCUCCUCUUCACGCCUUUCUCCAGCAUCUUCCCGAAAUUCAACCUCUUCCCCUCCCUCCACGCUCAAUCAGUCACAAAUCAAAAUGAGCAUUGAGCUCAACUCCACCAACGAGCACUCGUCCGCCGAGGAAUCCGACGACGAGCCAAUCGACGUGGUAAAGUCAGCUUUCGUACCGAUACUCCGACCUGCUCCGACAUCGUCAGCUGACACCACCUCGGAUGCUCACCCUCAUGCACCGCUGAAAUCGGAAACACCCGAUUCAACGACCACCACUCCCAGUUCUCCCCCUCCACCGGCACCCCCAACGGCGCGCUGUGAACUGAAAGCACCGUCUUCGAAGAAGCCCCAAUUCCACGAAUCGGCACCGAGUGAACCGGCGUCGCCAGAGAAUACCAAACUGAAGUCGCCCAACCUAAUCAUCAAGCAGUCGGCGAAAACCGUGUGGCGGCCCUAUUGAGAGUAUCUGCUGCUCUCCAAGGUGCUCCUCUCCCGGCUCGGGAAGUAGCUUGUAGCCAAUAAUUCAGAGUUCUGGUGAUAUUAAUGUUAGAAGGACGAUCGGUGAUUUUAGUAAUUAGCAACAGAGAGAAAGACGUCAAUUGUACAUACUGAACCGCAAUAUGUGAAUAUAUGUUGUAUAGUUCUACAACUAGUGCUAUGUGAGAUUUUCUUUUAUACUAGAGAUAUAAAAAUCAAAAAUCGUUGUACAUAGAGCGGAAUGUUUCCAGUUGGAUAAUCGGUAAUUGGAGUUGUGAUAGACUCGACCAAUUCUCAUUUAUUUAGCAAUCAAAAUUACCUACAAUCCAAAAAGUGUAAAAAGUAGUCUUAAUGUAAACCCCUCUUUUAAUUUAAUCCUUAGCAAGUAAAUGUUAAAACACAAGAAACAGGUACAUUUUUUAUAGUACAAAACGUGGUAUUUAAGGACAGGCCGUAGACCGACACUGGAAUAUGCCGAAACGUAAGAGAAUAAAUCUUUAUAAAAACAAUCGACAACAAU